AUGGCUGCACAUUUGAUCACGGACAAACGCCUUUUGACUCACUAUUGCAACAAGCUGGACACUAUCAUCUCAAGAUUCAAGGGAGAGGAACUUGAGACCCUUAACGUAGCCGCAGCGCAAGGAGAAUCAGCUUCUCAAUACACAAGGGAAAGUCUCCAGCGACUCAGCGAAGCAAUAGGAGCUUUAGAUGCAGUGACGCACAACAUCAAACAAACAAUGACGGACUAUGCUACCAAAUUUACGGAGCUGGACUACCCGACGGAAAAGGACAAACAAGACUUUGAGGAAUACUUAGCAAAAGCGGAAAAAGCGCUCAUUUCGGCCACGGAUUACUCGUUAGUGCUGAAGGCAAGGGUUCACGCUUUCACUGUGGUUAAAGCAGAGCCAGAGCACAACCAACACAGUGGAUCAGUCCAGGUACCAACGCCAUCACAGCCUCCGCAUGAAAGAGGUGACACUACGGCAGACCAAGGAGCGUCAAGGAAGACAAGUCCACCGUUGAGCGAAGGGAAAAAACCCAAAGCCCGAGAUACGGAACGAAACCCAACGCAUAAAGAAGCAAGAAAGGUAAACGCCCUCCAUGAUGACAACUCCGAAACUGAAGCUGUGUCUGCACUGGAUCUGCAACCAGUACACAAAACUAGAAGAGAACUUGAUCACAGGCAUUGUCACAAAGCCCCAAGAAAAGUUACUUCAGAAAGACGAGACGGCAAAGUGGGAAGCUGCGUGCACAAUGGAUAG